AUGCGUGGGCCGGUCACUCUGGUGAGUGGGCGCCAUCGACGCAUUACCAUAGUGGAAUGUCCGCAGGAGAUGUCAGCCAUGUUGGACUUGGCCAAAAUUGCCGACCUGGUGUUGCUCCUCGUCGAUGCAUCCUAUGGCUUUGAGCUCGAGACCUUCGAGUUCAUCAAUAUACUGCAGGUGCACGGCUUCCCUCGCGUCAUUGGAGUCCUAACGCAUUUGGACUCCUUCAAGGAGAACAAGCAGCUGAGAAAGGUGAAGAAAAGCAUGAAGCAUCGUUUUUGGGCAGAGCUGUAUGAUGGCGCCAAGCUCUUCUACCUGAGUGGGCUGCAGUAUGGGCGCUACCACAGAAUAGAGAUUCAGAAUCUUGCCCGCUUCAUUGCCGUUCAAAAGACUCCGAUUCUGUCUUGGAGGCAAAGCCAUCCCUACAUCUUGGCUCUCCGGUGGGAGGACCAAACGGAUCCUACGUUGGCAGAGGCUGCUCCACGGCGGCUGGAUUUGUACGGGUACGUUUAUGGUGCCAGAUUUAGAGAGGGAUUCGAGGUGCACCUGCCUGGCGUAGGUGAUUUCAACAUCGCCUCGAUCAAGCAGCUCACCGAUCCGUGUCCUGCUCCACAGGAGACAGAGGCAGCCCGGAAGAAGGACCUCAACCGAAAGGACGACAAGCCCAAGAAGAAUAAUGCACUGCGGACCCUCGCAGAGCGGCAUCGAAUCGUGUAUGCUCCGGGGUCUGACAUCGGCAGCAUCACGGUGGACUCCGAGGCUAUGUACAUCUAUGUGCCCGACCAGCAGGCGGGCUUCACGCCAAAGGAAAAGGAAGAGAACGGCAGCGAGCUCCCGGAAGCCGUGCGGCUUGUACGAGCUUUGCAGUCAGACGCCUCCCUGGACAAGGGACAGUCCGCUUUGCGCCUGGUUGGCAACACGACCGUUCGGAUGGACGAGACACAAGCUGAUCUUGGCGCUGUGCGCCGACCAGCUCCUGGCAGUGUGGAGAUCUCAGCGCAGGAAACUGAUGGAGCAGAAGAGGAGGAGGAGGAGUCUGAGGUUGACGAGCCCGAGGAGGCCAGAUUCGGAGUUGCUCGAGCGGGCUCAGCAGCGCUUCAGCCGAGCACCGCGGCUGGCAGACAUGAUCUAUGGCAACGACUCGAAGCUGGAUGA